AUGAUUGCAAAAAUAUUAGGAUUGCGAAGAGGUUUGAUAUCUGUUAUAAAUAGGAGAUACCCCAGUGGAAAAUUAUUAACUUCACGACAUAACUACGCCGCCGGCCUUUUGAACCCGGCUAAAUACGGCUCAACAAGUCCAUUAGUAACGUCUGUCAGAACUUACCGCUGCGAUGCGCACAUGAACGAACUGCCGGUGCCGUGCGUACCUUGGGAGCCGUGGUACAGUGACAAGCAAAGCUUCUACAAUAAAGUCCUAGUUCUUGGCAUACUAUGGUGGAUAUUUUCUUUAGGCAUGAUGCUCUAUACCGACAGCAUAUACUUGAACUGGGGCCCGCCGCUACAACCCGGCCCUCCGAGUGAAGAAGUCGAAGAAUGCGACGACUCGGAAUAGUUAAUGUAAACCGUAUGCUGCUGGCAAUAAACUAAUUUUAGUUA